CCUAGUUGGGUUUUGGGACUCGCCCUAGCAACCUACGUGUGUAUGUGUUGCACAUAAUAGUUAUAUUCUGGGUGAUUGGACGCGUCGUUAUUUGAUGUUUGACUACCGAGCGAAAAUGAGUGAAAAUGUAAAAGUUGUAGUGCGGUGUCGCCCUAUGAACCGAAAAGAAAAUGAAAGUAAAUGUGAAAACAUUGUUGAAAUUAAUGAAUACGCAAUAUCUGUGAUUAAUCCGACGGCACGUAAUAGUCAAAAAAAAAUGUUCACAUUCGAUAGUGUGUACGACAUGAUCUCAAAAACUGAAGUUAUUUAUAACGAAAUGUGCUAUUCUUUAGUGGAGAGCACAUUAGAUGGAUACAAUGGCACUAUAUUUGCUUAUGGCCAGACUGGCUGUGGUAAAACACAUACGAUGCAGGGCGAUGAUAACGUUAAAGACGGUUAUAAUUGCGGAAUAAUACCCAGAUGCUUUGAACAUAUUUUCGAAACAAUAUCUAUGGCCACUAAUAUUCGAUAUUUGGCUUUAGUAAGUUAUUUGGAAAUUUACAAUGAAAAUAUUCGAGAUCUGUUGUCUGAUUCUACGGGUAUUAUAAAUCAUCCGCUCAAAGAAAUGCCAGGCGUGGGAGUGACAGUGCCAACGUUAACCACACAACCUGUUAUCAAUGCAAAACAAUGCUAUUAUUGGCUAAAAUUAGGCAACAAAAACCGUGUUACAGCUACUACUCUAAUGAAUGAACAAAGCUCCCGCUCACACACAAUAUUUACAAUAAGUUUGGAGCAAUUUCAAGGACCUUCUUCCCCAGCAGUAUCGAGUAUUGCAUCGGGCGAUAUUAUGGGAGGAAUUCGGAGAGGAAAAUUAAGCUUGGUCGAUUUAGCAGGCUCUGAAAGACAGCGUAAAACUGGAGCUCAGGGUGAGCGCUUUAAAGAAGCUACAAAGAUUAAUUUAUCGCUUUCUGCUUUGGGAAACGUAAUUUCAUCAUUGGUCGAUAGCAAAUCAAAGCAUGUACCAUAUAGGGAUUCAAAACUUACACGUCUGCUACAGGACUCUUUAGGAGGCAAUACAAAAACUCUCAUGAUAUCAUGUAUUUCACCAGCAGACUCAAACUACGACGAGACUUUAUCCACACUGCGUUACGCUAGCAGGGCAAAAAAUAUUUCAAACAAACCAAAAAUUAAUGAAGAUCCAAAAGAUGCUCAGCUUCGUCAGUAUCAAAGUGAAAUUUUACAUUUAAAAAGAAUGCUCGAAGAAUCCGAACAAAAAAUAUUCCGUAAGAAAGACGAAGAUAAUAAAAUAGUACAAUUAUCUUAUACAAAUUCUGAUUUGCACAGUGCAAAAAUAGACGUUGAGAUUGCCAAAUUAACUUUUCCGGCAUCAAAACCUGAAAAGGAAAACCUAUCUGAGCUAAAUAAAUCAAUUAACGAAUCAAGCGAUGAGCUGCAAUUACAAGCACGAAAUCGUAUCGAUUUUAUUAAACGAACUUUGAUCGGAGGUGAACGUGCUAAUGAUUUGCAGCUAAGGGAACGGCAUAGGGUAAGAAAAGUAGCAGCACAACGCCAUUUAAGUGCCAUCGCGAACGCAUUAAGUAGAGUCGAAAGCGAUGAUCGAGACCUUUUGCAAGGUCAUUAUGCCAGUAUUACACAGGAAAUUAACAUAAAAAAUGACCAUAUAAGAAUCUGCAGACAAAAAAUUAAAAUGCUUGAAAGAGAAGUUGCUGAUUUAAACUCCGAGUUUCAGCUAGAUCGAGAGGACUAUUUAGAUGAAAUUAGAAAUCUCGGACGUAAUAUAAAAUUCUUUCAGCAACUAUUUAAUAAAGUUCAGCCUAUUCUUCGAAGAAAUGGUAAAAAUUGGUGUCCCACCGUUAUUCUAGAAAACUCUGUUUGGAAUGAUGAUCUUAAAGUUUGGAGGAUUCCUGAUAUAGAUACCUUAAAGCUACCACCGGCUCAUCUGAUCCCUGAUUUUCAGCGAAUCAAUAGCUCAAGAAUAAAUGGUAUUAAAAGCUCAAAAUAUAUGGAAAAAAAUCCCAAUAUCGCCAGUGUGGAGGUGCAAGCUGACGAAAAAGACUUCGAAAACUCAGACAUAACCAAAGAAACGUAUAAUGUAAAUAUACUUCAAAAUUACUUUCGGUCAAGCCGUCAAAAAAAUAAGGACUAUGAACCAAGUACACAUCGGACUAAGAAGUUUCAUGUAGAAACAGAUCUUAUAUCAACAAAAACCAAUAUUCCUAUGUCAACUCAACUAAAAAAACUGAUCUUUCCCGUAAAAGGUACAACAGAUCUUUCAAAAAUUGGUAAUCGUUUUGGACUGGAAAAAUGAAUACACCCUACGCAUAAUAGAAAUGCAGGAACGGAUUUGAUAAUGCAAGAUGAAGUAAUUUCAGCUUAAUUAAAUAAUAUUGUAGAUACAUCCUAUGCGGUUGUAGAUUAAUUUUAAGCAUUGUCAAUUAACCUCAAACAUGCCUUACAAUGCAUAGUUCGAAAUAAAAUUGUCGAAAAAUCGUACCGUCUCGAAUGUACUUAUUGGGUUUCGAGCUCCAAAAUUUUGAAUAUACGAAAAACCAUAAGGCGUAGCAUCGUAGAGAAUGACUAUAGCUACUAGAUCUGAAUACGAUCGGAUCAGCAGUUAAUCUCCUGAUCGUAAAAGAAAUUUCGAACUUUGCGAUUAUUUGCAAGGUGAUGGUCAUGGCUUCAUUAUUUUAAGAUUGAUCUAUUGCAGACGUCCUAUACACAAUACAUAGGAAAUCAAGUUAUCGGUUACUUGCAAUAUUCCGACAACUACUUUUUUAGUAUAAUUUUAUAAAACUACUAGCGGACCCAGCGAAUGCUUUCUCGCCGCAAUUUAAGGCCUUCAGAUAAAGUCCUGAUCGAUAACACUAAAAUGCAUUUAACUUUGCCUUUUAAGCACGCUUUUCUUCAUUUUUUUCAAAAACUUUG